AUGGCACCCUUUUCUAGUCUCCGCGCCACUCUCACGCAAAUCUACCCUCCCAAGCCCACCUUUACCGAGGCUGAUGUGCCCGCCAACUCGCAGAGUGGUCGAGUAUUCAUCGUUAGAGGCGGCAAUGCGGGUAUCGGCUUAGAGUUGACCAAAAUUCUCUAUGCAGCGGGUGCUACGGUCUACAUUGCAUCACGCUCUAAGGACAAGGUGGAAGCUGCCAUCAGAAACAUCACGACGAACUUGCCGUCUCACACAACCAUCAGCGAACGCCGUCGGCUGCAGAACCGCAAUGCGCAGCGUAGAUUCCGCCUAUUCUUCAGCAUCACCCUCCUCUCGUUCCCCGUCUCACGGUUCCACCUCGACCCCGCGACAAAGCCCAUUCGAACAAUUCUCACCGUCAUCUUCAUUGACACCCAACGCGACGAACAACAAAAAUCGCAGUAUUGUGCCUCCCGGGACUAG